UAUUAAACGAACUUUACAUUUUUGCGCAUUUAUUAAUAACUGAAAGUAUAGGCGCAUAAUUUAAUUUAUAAAUAACGAUAAGGUAUUAUUUAAAUUUAGUCUAAGUACACAAGAUUAAAUUCAAUAACCGCCAUGUACAAUAGUGAUUUCUCACGGAAUUCACCAUGUGAUUAUAAUAUGCUUCAAUUUUAUUCCAAUUCUGGCUAUCCAACACCUACGUAUCAACAGUCUCAACCACCAAAUGUUGAAUUGAUAAAUUAUCACGAAAAUAAACAAAACUUUCAUGAUUUAACAAUAAAUCAAAGGAUAAAGGAUGCACAAUUCAUUACAAAUUUUAUUGAUGAAAAUACAUCUGUUUCUCAAUUAAAAAGAAAAAAACCAAUCAAAAGAUUAGGUAUUGCAGAGACGAAGAAAUGUAUUCUAUUAAUUGACGAUUUGACUAAAAGCUUGAAGGAAUUGAUUUCGAGUUUAGAGAAUGAAAUUGAAUUGAGUGAAGAACAAUGGCACGAAAAAAUGAAUGAAUGUUAUUCUUUAAAAUCAAAAAUAGAAGAAUUAUCCAAGAAAUUAGAUGAGGCAGAAAAAAUUUGUAGCUUUGAGAAGCUGAUAGAAAAGCGUAAAAAGAAAAGAGUGAGAGAAAAAAAUACACGAAAUAAAUGGCAGGCUACAAAAUUAUCUAUUCUCGAAAAAAGAUCACGAUUACAUACAGCAAUAGAUGCAUGGAUUAGCGAAAAGCAAAAUGUUAUAGAACGAGAAAAGCAAGAAGAAAGCUUUCUUAAAGAUGCUGAUAUGAUAUUGUCAGAUAUAAGAGGUAAAAAAAGUGAUGCUAGGAAAUAUUUAGCGAUUUUAAAUGAGCUUAGGAAUCUUAGAGAUGUUAAAGCAAAAAAUGCAAGAGCAAGAGGUGAGAAGUUAUCAUCAGCUGCUGAUCAAUCAUUUGAAAACAUAAUUGUGCAAUUAACCGAGCAAUGGUCCAAACUUGAUCGUGAAUAUGCCAUUGAAGAACAAGGUUUAAAAGCAAUGCUCAAAAAUGAUAAAGAAAAUGUAGUAGCAAAACGAAAGAAAAAUAAUUGUGAUGAUUGGGAAGUUGCUAUCUUUGGUCGAAAACUCACAUCCUUCAAUCCAGCCUACAGAAAUAUUAACGAUUUAGUAAUGACAAGAUUUUUAUGGGAUAGGUACAUAGAUUACAAGAAAGGAAGCCGUAUUCCAAUAGGAUGGGUAAUGCCAUCAUCUGCAUCUUCUUCACCUUGGGAGCGAUAUCUUAAGCAGAAAAAAUAACUGCUUUUAAGAAACUAAACAGUCGUAUUUACUUGAAUUUUUUUUAUACUCAACUUAUUUCAAAUAAAUUUGCAGCAUAUUUGUAAUAUUUGAUACUAUUAAAUAUAUUUUAAAAAAUA